GGGAGAGGCCUUCCCACCAGUUUCAGUCAAAAUGAAGAACGAGGAACUACUAUGCUGAAUUAUAUCACGAUGGCCCCAAGCGUUCUGCAAAUGACCCCGGAUACUGAGUUUAACACGAUGUUUAACAGUGUUUCCAGUUAUAUGUGUAAUUAUUGCAGUGGAUUUGUUUGUGACAAUUGCAGCGGAUUUAUGCUCUGCGGUAAUAUUGUCGUGGAUAAGUGUCCUCGUUGUGGAGUUUUCGUGUGCAGUGGGGACAUUCCCAAGUUGCUUCGACAAAAGGGGGAACUCGAAUUUAUUCAUUCCAAGUGGUGGUGUGCCCUCGGGGCCAACAGAUAAGGGAUCUAGCAAGACUUGAGUGUCGGUCACUUUUCAUCGCCUGUGAUUUGAAAUCCAAAGAAAUUCAAAAUGGAUAUCAGAAUGUCUGCAUUCCCAGUGAACAGCUGUGGCAACAGUGGACAUUUUAUGGGAAAGGGUGUAAUGUCCUCAGCUGGUCCUCAAGUAACCUUGGAUAUGAACAGUCAUCCACCAGUACUUGACACAGCAUCAAAGAGGGCUCCACAAAAGACCAGUAACUCUUCAUGUAGAGGUGCGGGCAAAUUUGGAGGACAGUGGCUAGCAUCUAUCCGCAAUAUGUACAACUCAAUAAAGGGCUCUGGACACCCUGUGACAUGGGUUAAUCCUGAUUUGGUUCCACAGUAUGAGCCAAGGCCAGUGCACCAGGCAUCACCCUUGGUAAUGCCGUUACCUUUUCCUGAAGCCUGUGUUAUGGAAACUCAGAGUACACCUCUGUGGUAUCAAGCUCCACCUGGAUGUCAGUAUUACUACCAAGAUCCACUUCACAUUUACAACAUGGUCUCUCAGUCUCAUCCGAAUGAAGUCAUUCCAAGUCAGAAAAAUGUAAUUAAGAGGUCCUCCCAACCACUCAAUCCAGAAGCCAAGGAAUGGGUCCCAAGUAGCUUCAAAAGUAACAAAGAUAUGUCUUCCAAUCCUCCCUGUUCUUUCUUUUCGUCGAAUGUACAGAAUCCUUUGGUUAUUACAACUGCAGUUUCUGUUGGAUUUGUAGAGAUUACAGAGAAAGAAAUCAGUGAAGUACGCGAGACCAUGAAAAAUGAAAUGCCAAAGAUAUGUAAUGCAUCUGUAGAAAACAGUGAUGCCAAGAAGAAUAACACCAAAAAAAGGGAUGCCUUAUUUGCAGUGGUUGAUGCCAAUGAGAGUAACACCAAAAAAAUGGAAACCUCAAAUGCAGUGACUAAGUCUUCAGGAGAUAAUAUCCAGAAUGUUAAGUGUUGCAUGCCAACUGAUCCAGAAUGCAAACAAAAAUGUAAAGAUAUUGGAAUGGAGCAUUUGAAUGAUACUCUUUCAUAUGCCAGUAUCGCAAGGAAGUCACCUGAACCACCAAAAAAAUCUAUCCUUGUAGGUGAUACAGAUGCCUCACCUUGUGAUAUUGUUAAACAGCCAAUACCAAAAAUAUUUACAAAAGAUAAAAAAUACCCCAAAGAGAAAGCCCCCCCUUGUAUGGAAAAUAAGCAGAGGGAACCUCUUCCUUUCAGAACUGGAAGUAGAACACAGAAAAGGAGUAGUAGAAAAUUUCUCAGGGACCUGAAAGAGCACAGUCCAGCCAAGAGUGAUUGCAGUUUUACAGAGAGUGGUAGUAGUAUAGACUCAAAUUCAGACAUUUUAUCUCGGUUAAGUGUCAGUGGUUCUCCAUCCUCCUCGACUUGGCCUUUACCUAUGUCACCAAGAGACAAGACAGUCUUUUCAAGCAGCCCAAGAGAUGGAAAGUCAGUUCGAAGUUUGAGUGAAAGUAGCGGAAAUAGCAGUCACAAUCGAACGACUAGUGAAUCGAGUACGGGUAGUGGGGAAAGUGUAGACAUCGAAUUUAAUGAUGGAGACUGUGUGACUGAAGAUGGCCAGGAAAAUAUUUCUGAUGUAGACAAAAUGGCGAAGUCAAAGCAUCCAAACAGUAUUCUUGCUCACAUUCUGGGGCUAGAUUCAGAUAGUGAAGAAUCUGAGGAAGAGACUGAUGAUGACUGGGAUGAUGUAGAUGGUGAGUGCACCACAAUUGUUCUGGAUGAUUCAUGGGAAACCUUUGGAUUUGUAUUUCAGCCAACCACUAAAUCGUCAUCUUCAAGUACUAAGUCUAGUGGUGGUGUUGAGCGUUGCAAUGAAGCAAAUAUAAGUAAGUUUGAGAAUAUCUGUGAUAAUAAUUUUAAUGAAAACUGUAAUAGUAAUUUAGAGGAUGUAAAUAGACGAUGGGAAUCACAUGUCAGAAAAGAUGUCAAAACUGCCUCCUCUUGUCGUGUGCAGUUUGGUGAAACUAUUGUACAUCCCAUGGUUGCAUGGACAUUUGCAUACAAGAAUGCAAGAAGAGGCCCUUGGGAGCAGUGUGCACGUGAUCGAGUUCGCUUCAAUAGCAGAAUUGAAGCUCUCGAGCCUGUUAUAUCCUCAGUGUUGGAAGGAAGUCACAGGGAAGCAAUGUACCAAAAGAUUUAUGGUUCUUAAGAUUCUCCUUGGUUCAUGCCUGUAAUCUAGUCUGGUAAUGAAUGGCCGUCACAAAGAAAUAUUUUAAAUGUUCAUUAGGCCUACUUGAUACAAGAACUCUCAGAUGAUGCUUGAAAUUAGCUUUGGCUGUUUAAAUUGAGUAAUGGUCUGUAUUUUGUUGGAGGUAAGCAUCUAAAUUUUCCAAAAGGCUCAAUAAAAUUCUAUUUAUUUUUGUUCUUUUGGAGGAUAACAUAGUUUUAUCAACAAAGUAAAGUAAAGUUUUGGUGAUUUGGAAUAUUAAAUCUUUAGAUGAUGUGAAGUGGAUUUUGAAGACAGCAUCAAGGUGGCUGAAGAUAGAGAUU